GUUUUGUUUCUUUGACACUUGCAUUCGGCGUCGUUGUUUUCACGGGUGGCAGCCCGUCUCCGAGACAAUGGAGACCCCUGCUGAUAACGUCGACCACUCUCUACUUACCAUCGAACCUUCUUUCGUCUCGGACGUUGGGUCUGAACACUCUAGUGUGCGCUCCAGUCCUUACCCGCGAGUAACGGUUCACCGCUGUGCUUGGACGUUACUCGACUCAACGUUAUGCGGUCGGCCCUUUACGGAUCCUGAAGCUCUCUACACUCACCUUACAGAAGAACAUGUUGGGCGCAAGACCACUGGGAACUUAUGCUUGUAUUGCAGGGUCCACGGCUGUCCACAGGGUUCCACGGCAUUCUCAAAGAGGGAUCACAUUACUUCACAUUUGCGCUCUCAUGUGCCGCUCAAGGCAAAUCCUUGUGAGACAUGCACAAAAUCAUUCAAGUGGCCACAUGAUCUACGGAAACAUUACAUGAAGACCGGGCAUGGUCCAGUAGGAGACAGAGCGUCGUCAGACACUUCCAGCUUGAGCCGUAGUGCCUCUAGGAAGAGUUCUGUCAGCAGAAAAGGUUCCAUCAGCAGACGGCGUUCUAUUCGGUCGUCCCAUUCAAGUAUCAACCUGCCACAGUCAGUCGACCUAUCGGCGUCACCGGCUCUCCAACCUGUACCUGACGUGCAUACUGCAAGCAGUCCGCACAUUGAAUCGGACGAUCUUGGACUGUUUCAUUCCGCGUCUUAUGGAUCUGUCUACUCGGGCUCCUCUGUAGGAGACGAUCAUUCAGAUUGGUCCGAAGGGCAAUGGGACGAGCGGGGCUCUCAUUUCGUCGGCGUCCCCGAAGAGUACAAUCCUGUCGAUGUCCAUCUACUCAGUCGAUAUUUGGCCGAUAUAUCUCUUCCAUCGUCAAUGCCUGACGGAAAUGGUGACUAUGAAAGCCUUCUCAGCCCUCAGCUUUCAAGUCCUUUUGGAGAGGCAACUUUCUCUGGAGGACUCGGUGAUGUGGACGGCCUUGCGGGGAGUGCGAGCGGGGAACAAUCACCGUUUGUAUGGCCUGAUGCGGAUGUUCCACGGAUAUCUGUAUCUGGUCCUGUGGCAUUUGACGACCAGACCCUCCUCUUUCCACCCCAUCCGGACCAAAACUAUUUACCAGAUACAGUCGAAAACGACCUGGCGAUGCGAGCCAUGCAGGCGUUGGCACACGUUACUGACAAUGAGAUGACUGUAAGAGCGUUGGCGAAUGUUGCGGACAAUGAAAUGACAGUACGGCCAAGUAGUGCACCACCUAUGUCAUUAUCAUCUUUUGCGCCGGGAUCCUCGCCUUUCGACGAAACACCGUCCCCUCCCCCUCCCACACCGUUCGAUCCUGCAGAAGGACUAGGUUCUAUUUUGGAUAAUGAGGCUACCGUGCGUCCGAUAUCAAGCCAGUCGAUCCCCUCCACACCUCUCUUUAGUGAUGCCACUGGUGUAGAUUCACAACUGUCAGCCGUGGACAUCUCCACAAUAAGCUCCUUCAACCUAGAGCGAGCAUUCGCAAGAAUGACGGAUUGUCACGCUACUGUUCGCCCGUGUGACUCAUCAAGACCUCCAUCCUUAUUUUCGACUGUGCCCUCUAUUCACCCAGACAUGGUAGCCUGGCCCGAGGACGGGACAACCAGAAGACCAUCGUUAUUUGACCAACUGGAAAAUCAUGGGGACGUCUUACAGGAAGAAGACACACAAUUCGAAACGCAUUAUACGUAUCCAGACCUGAACGCGGAUUUUGCAAGUAUCUCGGGGGAACCUCCAGAUACGGAACCUUACGGUGGGUCAACAGCCAAAUAUCUAGAGCAGUAUGAAACGGAGUAUUUUGACAGCGGGAGCACAGGCGUAAUAACGUCAUUAGAGAAUCUCAGAUUUGAUGACCUGCAGGUGCUACAGGAAGAUCUAGCGCAGUUGCUAGAUCCAGAUCCAAAGACUGGUGACUUGCAUAGUCCACAUUGAACAUUUUUACAAGUAGAAAAGGAUGGGAAUAGGCAGGGUGUGUGUAUACGUGUUGUGGAGUGCCCCUCAUUGUAUAUUUGAAACACAGCAACCUUAAUCUUUUGUGAGCCAUCAAUCAGAGCGUUAUACACCAGUAUCAAGAUUACA